UACUACUUUUGUUUUUGUAGGGCCGCUGUCAACUGACAUUUGCAUUGUUUCGAUCCGAAUUCCAAUCGCUUGAGUCAGAAUAUAAAAUUUUAUUAAAUCACUUCCAAAAUUUCUGUAUCUAAGCUUUGAAAAUUACUUGUUAAUUAAUUGUAGACUAUGCCGGAGGUCACGUCAGUCAAAUCCGUUACCAACAAGGACCCCAAAGGCGACGCUUUUAAGCGCCUCCUGAACUCUAUCCCCUAACAUUUUAAUAAAAUGAACACCAGCUCCGAAAAAUCUUGUCAUCGACUAUUAAAUGGUUACUUUACAAAAACAUCUUAUAACUUUGAGAAGAAAUGGUAGCGGAGCAAAAUUCUGGGGUGACAUGUGGUGGCGAAAGCGGAAAAAAUCACCGCCCAGAAUUAUACCCCUGUCGCUGAAGUUUUUGUUUGGAGGUAUAAGUGGAAUGGUGUCGACAGCAUGCAUUCAUCCAGCGGACCUGGUCAAGACCCGCAUGCAGCUUCACGGGCCAGACGGGGCAAAAAAGGUGUCGACCUUGCAGGUGGCGCGGGGGAUCGUGCAGAGCAAAGGCAUCAAGGGGUUGUACGACGGCUUGUCCGCCGCUCUGUUCAGGCAGAUGGUGUCCAGCGGGGCCAGGCUGGGCUGUUUUAACGCCAUGUUCGAUUGGCAUAUGGAGAAACACGGGAUCCCGAGCUUUAGCACGAAGGUAAUUAUGGGCAGUACAGCGGGGAUAUUCUCGGCGCUGAUGUCGAUGCCAUCCGACGUGGCGCUCAUCAGGAUGACGGCGGACGGCAGGCUCCCCAAGUACAGACGGAAAAACUACAAAAAUGUCUUCAAUUGCAUACACAGGUUGGUGCGUGUGGAAGGUAUACUAGUGCUGACCAGAGGUCUGCUCCCCACUAUAUCGAGGUCAAUGAUACUGAACGCGGCACAACUCGCGGCAUACACGCAAGCCCGAGAAGCGUUGCUACCCACGUACGGUGACGGAAUGAAGCUGCAUUUCAGCGCGUCUAUGAUCGCUGGUCUUAUUACCACUGUUAUCGGUCAGCCUGUAGACUUGAUCAAGACGAGAAUACAAGAAUCCCGAAAAAAGACAACCCAAUUGGCAGUCAUACUGGAGAUCAUAAAGAGAGAAGGCUUCAUGACGUUUUGGAGCGGGUUCCUGCCGUCGUAUCUCAAAGUGGCGCCUCACACUGUGAUCACCUUCAUCUUGCUCGAGCAGAUGAACGCAUGGUAUUUGGAGAAUUAUUAAUAUAUGAAGACACAAAA